AUGUGCGGCGUCUUUGCUAUUUGCCAACAAACUUGCCAAAACCGGCAAAAGUACGACCUCGAUGAAGCUCGCAAGCUGUCAAGAAGACAACAUCAUCGUGGACCAGAUUUCAACGGAUGCUACCAGGAUAAGAAGACCGGAGAUAUUCUGGUGCAUGAACGUCUAGCUAUUAUGGAUCUUGGUGUUGUCCAACCUAUACAAGGAACUGCUCCAACAAGACAGGUUAUUCACAACGGUGAAAUCUACAACCAUCAACUUCUACGAGAUACUGAACUUAAGCAGUACAAAUUGAAGACCACUUGUGACUCGGAGGUCAUCAUAUUCUUGUACGAGAAGUACCGCGAUGGACACAUCUGCAACAUGCUCGAUGGAGUCUUCGCAUUCGCUCUCUGUUGUGAUGGCGAAUUCAUGGCAGCUCGUGAUCCUGUCGGAGUCAAGCAACUCUACUAUGGAGUUGAUGCUAGUGGAAGAUACUUCUUCAGUAACGAGAUGAAAUGUUUGGAGGACAGUUGCGGAGACUUCCAAAUCGCCUCGUUCCCACCAGGACACUACUACACUCCAAAGACCGGAUUCGUUCGUUACUUCAACCCAGAGUGGUUCGACUUCCGCUCAGCCAUCCAUCCAUUGGACCUGAAACUUCUCCAGAAGACAAUGAUCGCUGCUGUCCACAAACGUUUGAUGUCUGAUGCACCAAUCGGAGUUCUUCUCUCAGGAGGUCUUGACUCCAGCUUGGUCAGCUCGAUUGCUUCAAGAGAGAUGAAAAGAAGAGGGAUGACAGUUCAUUCCUUCUCCAUUGGAGUAGAUCACAAUUCUCCAGAUGUCAUCGCCGCUAGAAAAGUGGCCAAGUUCAUCGGAACCACCCAUCAUGAGUUCUAUUUCAGCAUUCAGGAAGGUAUCAAAAACUUGCGCAAGCUAAUCUGGCAUCUCGAGUCAUACGAUGUCACCUCCAUCCGUGCUUCCACUCCAAUGUACUUCCUUUCUGAGGAGAUCAGAAAAAUGGGAAUCAAGGUGGUGCUCUCUGGAGAAGGAGCUGAUGAGAUCUUCGGUGGAUACCUCUACUUCCACAAUGCUCCAUCGGAUGAGGACUUCCAAAAGGAGACCAUCGACCGUGUUCUCCAUCUUUACACUUCUGACUGUCUUCGUGCUGACAAGUCAUCCAUGGCUCACUCUGUUGAAGUUCGUGUUCCAUUCCUUGACAAGGCUUUCUUGGAUGCCGCCAUCACCUUGGACCCAACAUUCAAGCGCCCACAAAAAUUGGAAGACGGCAGAAACUGCGAGAAGUUCGUUCUCCGCUCCGCCUUCAACACCGAUCAGUACCCAUACCUUCCGGAUGAAAUCUUAUGGAGACAAAAGGAGCAGUUCUCCGAUGGAGUCGGCUACAGCUGGAUUGAUUCGCUCAUGAAAUAUUGCGCUUCCAAGAUCACCGACAAGGAGUUCUCUCAAGCUUCCAAGUUGUAUCCACACAACACUCCACACAGCAAGGAGGCUUUCUACAUGAGAAAGAUCUUCCAUGAGCUCUUCCCAUCCGAUCAAGCUGCUUUAACCGUCAGAAAGUGGAUUCCAAAGUGGCAGAAGAACCAAGAUCCGUCAGGAAGAGCUUCAUUGGUUCACGAGAGCUCCGUCCACAACCUUGGCGAGGACCUUUGCAACAGCAAGUCACCAAUCAGCCAACAACGUAUUGAGCAGUGCAGACCACAAGCAUAA